CGAUGAUCUGUUCAAUUCAUAAACCGAUUUCUUUUUAUGAUGAAAAUAAGCUUUGGACUAAGUUCAUUAAAUAGAACGACGUAUAUAAUCUCAAGUUUAAACCAAAAUUUAAACAUUAAUGCUUGUACGAUAUUUUGAUAAAAUUGAAGCACGUGUAUGUACUUCUACACAUGCAGCACAAUUGUGCAUACCUAACCUAUCGCACGUUUCGAUGAUUACGCUCUUAAUGUUAUCCAGGAUUAUCAACAACUAUGUCUACCAAAUUUUGUUUAAAAAUGUUCACCAAGUUCGUGCAAUGCACCUGUGCGAUACAUUUAAUUCACAGAUAUGUGGGAGAUGUUAUAACAUGUUCAGGUCCAUCCAUGGAACCAACAUUAUACAGUGAUGAUGUAUUAAUCACAGAACGUAUAUCUCUGAGGUUACAAAAACUUAAGAAAGGUGAUAUAGUUAUCUCCAAAUGCCCUUCUAAUCCAAAACAGCACAUAUGUAAGAGGGUUGUAGGGUUACCUGGCGAUAAAUUACAAUAUGGAAUUAUAGUUCCAAAUGGACACGUGUGGUUGGAAGGCGAUAAUAAGAAUAAUUCAACCGAUUCUCGUGUAUAUGGGCCUGUGCCGCAGGGUCUAUUACGAGGACGCGCGUUAUGCAAAAUAUUACCGCUGAGAGAUAUUACAUUUUUUGAGACUGAACAUGUACAGUCUGACUAGUCUCGGUAUUUAAUGCAAAUCUUUGUACAUAAUAUAAU